CAAACUUCAAUUUAAUCAAAUGCAACUUAUCGGACAAUUCAAUCUAGGGUUCAUAUUGACAAGACUACAAGAUAAUCUCUUUAUUGUGGACCAACAUGCGUCUGAUGAAAAAUACAACUACGAAGACCUCAAAAAUAAAUUUAGGGUGCAAAGUCAGCAGCUCAUAACCCCCAUCCCUUUGAAUUUGAACCUUGUGGAAAUACAAAAGCUAAGCGAAUUUAUUAAUUUGGUAGAGAACAAUGGGUUCAAAGUAAACGACGAUAAUCAGAUCACUCACUUGCCCACAUACAAAAAUAUCCAAUUUGAUAAAGAGGAUUUAGUCGAGCUUUUAAGCCAACUUCCGUGUCAUCCGAUUCUUCCAAAAAUUAAUUCGGUGCUUGCGAUGAAAGCUUGCAGGAAAUCAACAAUGAUCGGACAACAUUUAAACGUUCACACAAUGAAGAAAAUUUUAUCCCAUUUAUCGGAGUUAGAUAAGCCCUGGAAUUGUCCGCAUGGGAGACCAACUUUAAGACACUUGCACGAUUUAGGAGGCAUCAACAACAAGGUGACAGACUAUUUGUACAAGUGAGGCCGCAUCUAUAAUUGGAAUCUUUUAUAUGUAUUCCCUUUAUAUAACAACCAGUAAAAUGAAAUUCCUGUCUUUUGGCCACUGACUUUCUGCACCUCAAUUUUAGCAGUUCGCGAAGAAGGCAAGCCCCAAAAAAUAUCUCUGUUUCUUCUGUCAUUCUCAUAAUACACAUCCGUUGUUAUGGAUGAGAUCAUCAUCAUGCCGGAAAGAAAGAGCAGGCGAACCCAUAAGAAUUCGCGUGAUGGGUGCCCAAACUGUAAGGUCAAAAGAAUAAAGUGCUCCGAAGAACUUCCCAUGUGUGCAAAUUGUAUUAGAAAGAACUAUCGAUGUGGAUACCUCGACUUCCCCGAAGAGAAGUUGCAAGAGAUCCGAAAUAAGAACCUCCCUGCCAAGGGUCGACUGCUAUCAAGUGGUCUGAAUGGCCCCGGAGACUUUACAGCCAAACCCAGCCGGUUUCGGAAACUAAUCAGCUCCUCAUCACCCUCAACUUAUAUUAACAGGACGAGUGUAUUUUCCUCUUCCAUAAGUCCCGCAUUGCCUGGUCCUGUUACUGGUAAACCAAGCAUCCUGAGUGCUCUGUCCACUCAACCUGAGUUUUUUUCGUUUGAUCCCGACAUGAUUUUCCAGCCUUUUCCAUAUGAGAAUAAGCCGUACAAGUCCUUCACUCAGCCGUCUCCUAUAACCUUAGCGUACCAGACACCAUUCUAUCCACAAAUAGAUACUCCUCCGCAACCACAAAUCUUCCCACUACCCAACCAAACCCAUCUGCAAGGCUUGAUUCAGCGAGUAAUGUCUCCUCCGGCUGCUGUACACUCUCAGAUGUCGCUAACUCCACAAUUCACCGACCAAUUGACGCAGCCCCAGCCGCUAGCCUCAUCCCCACAGCCGGGAUACACGGCGUACCACACGCCCAUACCAAUGCCCGUCACAACACAAAUGCAAGCGCAAGCCCAAAUUGUGCCCAACAGCAGCUACAUUAAUUCAGAGCUCCCCAACUAUCAGAUCAUUGAUUAUGAGGUGCCCUUUAACCCUAUCCACUUUAAUGGCUACGACCAUGGGAAUAGCAACCUUGCUUCAAUAAAUGAGACUCCCAAGAUGAAUAGAGAGAAAACCAGCUUGCCGAAUUGUCAAGUUAAACCCACAAAGUUUUCGAAACAAAAGUAUAGUGAAUUAAAGGAACCACGAGACCCACUUGCCGUCUACUACUAUAUGCCUGUCUGGGAUAGAGAGUCAUCUAGAACCUUUUGGUUUGGUUUCUUCAUGUCCAGUUUCACCAACCCUAUUUUCAAUUCAUUUUUGCUUGAUAAGUCUUUGGGAUUAUUAUUAGCAAACGUCAAUGUGGUGUUGAACAGUGAAUACUUGAAGAAUUUCCACAACACAUAUCAUCCUGUUAGUUCCAUAAAAAUAAAGAAAGAAGAUAACGGGGAAUUGGACAAGGUUUCGGAUCCAGGUGAAACUAAGGAGAAGAAGUACCAUGACUUUUUCUUUGACAAGCAUGUUUUGAACACCUUCAUCAAAUUUAGUUAUAUCUACUAUGCCAAGUUGAUCAAAUGCAUUCGAGAUGGGUUGACCUUAAGUGACAUAGAGGACACCAUUCGUAUUAGUUUCUUGUCAUCAUAUUCCAGUUACUUUUUGUUGAAUUCUACAGCAGGAACAACCAUCAAGUUAUGCAAUGGAACCUCUUCGUUAUUGAAAAAGUUUGUGGGUGAAUGUAAGAACUAUAAUCAGUUAUUACCUCGAGUCAAAUACAUUACUGACAUUCUUCAUAAUCAUGUUAACUUCUGCUUGGUUCCCGAUUUGAACUUUGACGUGAUCGAUACCAUCACCGAACAGUUCCAAAUGUUCAAGAAUUUCUUGACGAAUUCUACCAAUCUUUAUCAGUCUCUUAAAGAUAGUGUGCUGAUUAGAGAUUUCUUGCCCAAACAUGAUUGUAUCGAGUUUGAAAACUUUCUCAAUUACUUGAACAAUGACUUCCGUACCGAAUUGAACCAUAUAAAUAAGGAGUAUAACACCGAAGAUGAUAAUAUUCGGAUAGUAUCGGUAAAAUCAUUGUAUGAAUUGGUCAACAAAUAUUUCAAAAUGUUGCCAAGUUUGGCUAACUCGAUUGGGCCUAAUGUGUUCGUUAUCCAAAGAGUAUUUUACUUAUUCUUCAUUGCCACUGGGAAAGCAUUGAUUCACAUUUUAACCCCUAUCAAGUCGAUUUUGAAUAUUGACUGUACCAAUGUAUUCUAUCCCAUCAUUGACUUUGACUGUGGUGUCUUCAAAGUUGACAAAGAAAAGGAUUCUUUGAAUGAUCUUCAGUUUGAAGAAUUCAACGGCAAGACAAAGAAUUUGUUGAGAUUAAUUAACUUUUACAACCUUCGGUCCUUAUUUUAUGGCCACUUUUUAUCAAACAAGUCGGUUUUGGAUUCAAAGUACUUAAAAUUGGUGGAUGGAUCUAUAGGAGAUGUAAAGCUAGUUGAGAUUUGUCCUAAAAAACUUGACUUCAGUGAGGUUCCAUUGAAGUUUAACAAGAAGUUUGAGUUUAAGAUUGGGUUGGAAAACUUGCCCAGGUUCCCUGAGUUUGACUAUUAUCCCAAAGAAUGUUUCGAAAAUCCCAAUGGAAUUUGUGAAUACCCAGGUGAAUUCAACUACGACAUUGGAUUGAGUUCAUGCGAUUUCAAUCCUUCCAAAUUGGUAGAAGAAUUUUUGAACCAUCAAAAGACCAAAUGGGAGUUCAAUACUGUGAGGCUAUCAGCAAUGCAAACCAGAAGCCUCUAUUUCGAUGAGAGUAGAAAGACUGUCAGCGAAUCACUAAACCUUGAUGACUAACGAAAGGUGAUUGUGCACUUGCACCUUUGUAUUUGUACAUUUAAUCCACAAACAUGAAAUAGAAAAUGCGUAGACGGUAGUGUAGAGAUGAAAAGGGUGCGGUUAUCGAUGUAUGUCGGAGCCUUGAAAUCUCCAUUGUUGAUGUAUAACGUUCCUACGACCCCAAUGAAAAUUCACC